CCUUAAAAAACUUUAAACGUAUAAAUUGUAAAUUUAUUACAUGUAGCUACAUGUACCUUAAAAAGUCAAUUUACUUCCUCUUUCGUUUUCAAAUCAAACGGAGUGAAGGGCGAAUUGAAUACCUUGUUAAUUAUGGAUCCCAAAAGCGCCACCAUGAUUGAUAUGCUUGGAGGUUAUGGCGGGUUAAAGCCCAGAAAUGAAAGAUCAUUUAAUCUGGUAUACCACUUUAUACAAAUGUGUACUUAUACACCGUUGAGGUUCUUUGACUGGGGCACCAGCAAUAUCUUUCGACUAGAGUUAUACGUAUAUUGGUUCAUAGUAGGCAGAUAUCCGAAGUUUUUAGAAAAACGUAUAGAAUUUAGACAUUCUGAAAAAAUAGCUAAAAAGGAAAAGGAAAUUGAACAUCUUAAAAAGGAAAAGGAGAAACUGAAAAAAGAGAAAGGUACUAUUGAAGAUGAGAAACAAGAUGCACUGAGGAGACUAAGUGAGGUAAUUUCUGUGCGACUGCGAGACAACAAUCCUAACAUCGUGGACCUGAACGAUCAAUGUCGACCUACGAAACUUGCAGAGAUGUUCAGUGAAUUGUACGACAACGAAUGGACAAGCGCCUUUGCUGUUCUAGAGGGACCAGUUGGUGACAAAUCUGCUAUUAAAAUUCUUCUAGAUACUGUUAUGCAAGCUUAUGAAUUUUGCGAGGAAAAAGUAGCUGUGCCAUGGAACAUUGUUACUAGUUGGUUUCUUGACAUGAACCUUCCUGGUGCUCAACAGACAUCAAAAUGGCUUAAAGACAGCCGUAAGACUAAUAUAAGAAACAAAGUUCCCGAAGUUGCAAAUGAAUUCGAAAAGGAAACAUUAUACAGAUUCCAAGAAAACAAAGUAGCAGAAUUAAUAGAGGUUAAACAUUACAGAACAAAGUGCAUUGAACUGUGUUUAUUGAUGGUAACCACUGACCCUCCAGUUGUUCCGUUAUAUCCUGGUUGGAGUGCUCGUCUAAAGAAUCAAGAACAUAGCAACAUAAGUCAAUCUUUGGCCGAAAAAGCAGUUGAUAAUAACGACGAAGAAAAAGAGAAAGACGAGCAAGAGUUGCUUAAAGACGAGGCUGAGCCAAAAAAAAGUUUGAAGGAAGAAGGAGAACGUUUCGAUAAAGAUUUAUAUAAGGAAUACACUGUUCGAGGCCAAUAUCUUGAUUAUAUCGUCUGGCCAGCAUUGUUCCUUUACCAAGAUGGACCCAUACUUAGUAAAGGUAUUGCACAAGGAAGUGUUAAUCAAAGCAGGGAACCAGAAAAAGAAUAACUGACAUGACAUAGAUAAACAUUUUAUUUUUUCCACAAAGUCUGAUAUGAGAUAUCAAAUGCAUUAUAAAAUAAAGUAUUUUGUCUCUAA